GGUGACUCUAACACAUCUUGAAGCAGUGAUUGCUGUUGAUGUAACAAAUUGAUGCAGCUGGGAGACUGUUUGUUUUGCCUGUUAUACGUGUUUUUUCGAACGAAUAAUAGCUUGACAGACGACAGAAGUAGUUACUGCUUGAAAACGAUUCCUAGCUCCUCUCGUCAGUGCUGAAUUGUCGUGCAUGUGAUCGCUAGCUAGCUACCUAGCUAAACAGGUAGCUGCGUUUUUGAGAGAAAACUAACGUGUGGACUGUCUUAUUCAAAUUCGCUCGAUUCAGCUAUGCUUCACCAAACCAGCGGCCUAGUUAGCUAGACAUUUAACUUAAUAGCUGCGUUUUCCAGCACAGUGUUGCAUCAGCUUGAAAUGUUAAUACCCAGUUAGUUAGACGGUAUGUGAUUUUAUCAUGUCAAAAUAAUGUUUACUUGUGCCAGUGAAACGUUUAAUAUUCGGUGCUAAAUAACUGCCUAACCUACAACUUGACAUUCUAUAAAUGACGGACGCUGGUUAGCUAGAUUGUUAGGUGUAUGCUCUCUCAAAUAGAGGGAGGGUAGAUAAUUAGCUGGUCACUAGUCAUUAAAAGGGACUUGGUAACUGCUAGGUAACAAGUUAACCAGGUCAUUCGCAAAGUCAAAUCCAUAUAAGAUAGCCAGGCACUAGUAUUAGACUAGCCGGAUAACUAACGAGUCUGUGCAACAUCACAAGUGACACCUUCACGUUACCUUGCUGGCUUGCAAUUACCCUGUCUGUCAGAUUGUUAGAGAAGUGUGUCUCUAAUUCGAGUUUAAAUGCUGUUUGUCGCCGGGUGGGGCCAUUCCUGUGGAUGACACGCAGUGAAAGAAGACAAAUUAAUACCGUGUUUGGUUAUCAAGCUAUAUUUCUAGCCAGCCUGCUAGCUCUCAUACGCUCUUUGGUGACUGAGUGAUUCGGUAAGGAAUGGCUAAACCCGAAUCGAAAAAAAGCGACGUGGUCUUCGCGAGCUGCAGAUCUGCCGCAGCGGAGGAACAGGUCAACAACGGGUCAAUCGAUCUAACGCUGGCCGGCGGUUCCCACGAUCCAGUACCAGCAACACCAGUAUCGACAACCAAACCCAAGUCUGCAAAGCAGGGUUUACGGGAGAACAGUGCGAGGCGGACCACUGAGUCAGAAGUAUUUGAUGACGGAACAAACACCUUCUUUUGGAGAGCUCACACCCUCACUGUGUUGUUCAUUCUCACCUGCGCCCUGGUCUAUGUCACCUUACUGGAAGAGACACCCCAAGACACUGCCUACAACACCAAGAGGGGGAUUGUGGCCAGCAUUCUGGUUUUCCUUUGCUUUGGGGUGACGCAAGCAAAAGAUGGACCCUUUACUAGACCACAUCCAGCAUACUGGCGCUUCUGGCUGUGCGUCACUGUCGUCUACGAACUCUUCCUCAUCUUCAUCCUUUUCCAGACAGUCCAUGAUGGCCGUCAGUUCAUGAAGUACAUUGACCCCAAACUAGGCGUGCCCCUGCCAGAGCGUGACUAUGGAGGGAACUGCCUCAUAUAUGACCCAGGGAACGUCACGGACCCCUACCACAACAUCUGGGACAAGAUGGAUGGUUUUGUCCCUGCCCAUUUCCUGGGAUGGUACAUCAAGACCCUGAUGAUCAGAGAUUGGUGGAUGUGCAUGAUCAUCAGCGUGAUGUUCGAGUUUUUGGAGUACAGCCUGGAGCACCAGCUGCCCAACUUCUCUGAGUGUUGGUGGGACCAUUGGAUCAUGGACGUGUUGGUGUGUAAUGGCCUGGGGAUCUACUGUGGGAUGAAGACCCUGGGCUGGCUGUCCAUGAAACCAUACCAGUGGCAGGGCCUGUGGAACAUUCCCACCUACAAGGGGAAGAUAAAACGCAUCGCCUUCCAGUUUACCCCCUACAGCUGGGUCAAGUUUGAAUGGAAACCUGCGUCCAACCUGCGCAGGUGGCUGGCAGUCUGCGGGAUUAUCUUCAUGUUCCUGCUGGCCGAGCUCAACACGUUCUACCUGAAGUUUGUGCUCUGGAUGCCUCCAGAACAUUACCUGGUCCUGCUUCGUCUUGUCUUCUUUGUCAAUGUUGGUGGUGUGGCCAUGAGAGAGAUUUAUGACUUCAUGGAUGACCCGAAGUUCCACAAGAAGCUGGGCCAGCAAGCAUGGCUGGUGGCGGCCAUCACCGUGACAGAGUUCCUCAUUGUGGUCAAGUAUGACCCUCACACCAUUAUGCUGCCCAUCCCCUUCUUUGUCACUCAGUGCUGGAUCCUGGGUAUCGUUCUCAUCCUUACCUGGACACUGUGGAGGUUCUUCAUCCGGGACAUCACGCUGCGCUACAAGGAGACGCGGCGCCGCAAGCAGGAGGGAGUGGGGGACCGUGAGCGCACCUUCGGCGACGGCAGCGGCAACACGGCCCCCAGUGGGCGCAGCAAACUCAAUGGCAGCUCCGAGUCGGUGAAGCACAGGAAGUCAUGAAGGCUGCUUCCUGUGACAACUGGAGCGAUGGUGGGGGUGGGAGAGGGGUGGAGAUUACAUUAGAGCAGCAAAUUGGCUGCGCUAUCCUGAGACACAACACAGGAGCGUGUCUGUACCAUCUGAGUCAUUCCGCUACUGGCUUUUCACUGUUAAUAUCCACUGAUCACACACACAGGGGAAGGCGAAACUGAUUAUGCGAGUGGCAGGUCUCAGCUUUGAGAUUGCCUCUUACUUGUAAAAUGUGAGAAAAAUGUGAGAUUUGUUACUAUUAUUAAUAUUAUUAUUCUUAUUCUUAUUGUGUGUAAGGCGGGUAUAGAUUGUGUAGUAGAGCUCCUCCUCCUCUUUGAAAACACAGGGAUGUAAGGGCAAUUCAUAAUAAAGGGGUAGAUAGAGUAGGUGUAGGGGAGUUGUUUAUGGUCUGAUGGAGGAGGAUCUCUGGUGGCUGUAAUUUGCUAGCUGACAUGCACCGGUGGAGCCACCCCCCAGUCACCACUGCAUAUUGCUGCCUCAGCUGCUGCAGAGUGGGGUUAGACACACAGUGCGCUUUGGGUGAGUUCUUCAUCCUACGGAUGUUGCUUGCACACUAGAGGGGCUGAAACAGUAGAAAGAGGCACAACCAUUUGUACAGGAUCCAUUAGACGAAGUAGAGACCAUUCAUACCAUAUAUAUACCUAUAGAUCUCUGUAUAUUAGAUGGAACUGUAACUUUAACCAGCCUGGCUGGAAGUGUCUGUCUGUUUGUUUGUGGGUGUGUUGUGAAUUGGUGUGUAAUAGGCUAAGUGCAGAGCUGGCUGUGAACCCGUGUCUGUGGCACCCCUCCCGGCAACACUUGGACGCCACCACUCCUGCAUUUUCUUGUCUCUGCCACUAAGAGACAUCUGUAUCCCAGGGUCCCCACUUCCCCUGACCCCAUGCCCAUGUGCUCACAGCCAACCCAGCUGCCCGGCCCUCAGGGUAUCCUGGGAAAAUCAACAGGACAAGCAUCCAUCACAUGAUUGUGUGCUGAAAUUGCUGUAGGUGUUGCCAGUGUCCACCCCAAUUUCAUCUUCUGGCCUUCCAACUUAAAUACUUAGAGGCAGAGGCUUGGAGCUGGGCUCAGGCAGAGCAGGGAUAACUUUGUACCUGUGUUGUACCUGAGUUGAGCGGUGGGCAUUCUUUUUUCCUUCUGAUGUGCAAACCUGUCUGUAAGUUCCUAUGCUGCACUUUUCUCAACCAUGGGCACGGGGCACAUGCCACAGCCACCCCACACUUGAGGAUGGCCUAAUCAUGCCCCACAACGCACAUCCCUCCGACCGACGGGUGCCAUCACCCACGAAAAGUUCAUUCCACAUAUUUAUAUUCCAAGCAGUCAGCAGGUUGUAUUAUUUUCCUGUCAUUUUCUGUGUUGUUUAGAAUUGCAAUUAUAUUUGAUUUGUUUUUAAGCCCUUUAGAAUAUGUCUGAGACAGAGAUGUAUGUUUGUAAUGAUUUAGUGGGAGGGAAGGAACAGGGUGCAGGGUUCUCUUGGAGGUGGGGAGUGAACUGGAGGCGGCAAGUUAAGAACAAGCAGUUAAAUUUGUGCGCAUAUGCACACGCACACACAUGCAUGUUUGUGCACAAACACAGAUGCACAGUUACAUACGUAUGCACAUAUACACACAUACACUAUAUAUACAGACAAACUUUCAUGCACAGAUGAACACAUAAAUGCAUACAUAUAUAUACACACAUGGAAUGAAGGACAAUCACUCACUAACCCUCUUGCCCCUGGAUGGGUUUAAUGUCCUGCAGGGAUUGUGAGGAGGAAAAGUCCAAAAACUCAUCAUGGGAGGGGGCAGGAUUAAGUGCAGGUUUGCUGCCACGAUGGAACGUUUAACGCUCAUGCCAAAUUUCCUGUAAGGAAGCAUGUGGCUCUUUUCAGCUGGCCAAAAGGGAGAGGCAAAUUCUAACCAAGGUGGGCCACAUUACCCAAGGUCAAUGGUAGAGUCACCAUACCACCAUACUGUGGCCAUAUUCCUCUGCAGCACUCUGAGAGUAGAGAGUAUUUCAGAGAGCCACUGGCUUAUCACUCAUCAUUUCAGCAGUUACACAAAGUGAAUAAGGGCAAAGUUGUUUUUUUGAUUCAGGUUCUUAAUUUAGUGCAGUGUUUGUCUUGUGGUCAGACCACAACACAAGUUCAAGAGAGCCAUACCAACAAGAUCAGGGGCCAUGAAACGUUCCUCAAACCUCAUGAUAUAUCCCAUCCCACACACACAGACCCCCUCCCUCAAAACUGAACUCUAGUUUAGGAUUUGUGGAGCACCCCGUAGCAUUUCAAGGUCAGGCAACAGUCUAGUUCCGUGAUUAUUGAACUUAAGCAGUUGCCCAUCCAAUUAUGGUGCACGGGGUGCAAAUGGAAAAUACAGAUUAUAUAAACUAGGAAGCUUUGUAUAACUGUGCUUUAUUGAUUGUGUUUUAUCUGCUAUAGCAGAUGUAGGUGUGCACAAAUCAACAAUGUUAUUCCUUGUCCUGAGGUGUGUUCUUCAGGGCAGGUUAUAGAUGCAUUGUACAAAUAGUUCAAAAUGCCUGAUGUGACCUAGAUGCUUUAUGCCAUUACCUUACUGUGAAUGUACACCAUUCAGUCUGAUUUUUUGAAGAAGAGGGCUGUUUGUUAUUAAAUGCCAAUUUUUGAUUGACAGUGGUAGAAAAUUAUUUUUAACUGUUCUGCAAAUGCCAUUGCAGUGGAUUUGAUAAGAUGUUAAGUUGACCAGAUUUAUUGCAAGAGGGAGCUGCGUAAAUGUUGUCUUGUCCAAAAAUGUGCAUCCAAAAAGAGCCAGAAGUGCAAAGGAAAAUGUUUGGUCUCUUUAAUUGUGGAAAAAAGUCUCUGUGCCAGUUUAUUAGUGUUGGACCACCUUCUUGAUAGGGUUAGACUACCUAAAAAAUCCCAAUUCCUUUCAACUGAAUUAAUUGCAAAAAUGUUGUACCUAUACCUAUGUUACAUGCAAAUGUCUGUCUGAAAAAAGAAAGAGAAUUAUACCUCUGAUUCAGCCCUCAUGUGGCUGCUAGAGCCAGAAGACCAGCAUUUUUGUCUCUUGUUGCAUGCAGAGGGAAUUUGCACAGCCUAGGGUGAUGUUUAUAUGUCAGUGAAUCCUUGCCCUUCUCCAUGUGACAACACUAAAACCUCCUCAUGUAUCUGUUAUGGCUUUUCCUUGUCCUGUUUCAUCCACUGCCUGUGGGAGAGAGCGCAGAAUAAGCCAUUUUCUACUUUGUUUCAUUAAAUGUGAUCAUGAGAGUGGAACAAAAUGAAAAAAAC